CUCCUAAUUGAAUCGGAGAAAACCAUAAGCUCUUUUCCUCCGUCAAAUAUACGACUAUCUGACAAUCAUCAAAAGAUAAAGCGCUUGGGCCGCUUUCGACAUUCUCUCACAGACAGAAUCACUCCACUUUUUCACUCGCCGUGGCAUUCCUUCUUAUAGCGUUCCUAAUCUACAACUCAUACGCAAUCCGUCACAAAAAAUACCAACCCACUCGACUGCAUUCAAACGUUUUUCUCACUCAAAUUAGGCACUUUUUUCCUUCCGCGAUUUCGGCCAAUUGCUGAGCCAACCAAAUACGUGUGUCAUCGCCUAUCAAUCUUUGAUCAAAAGAGCAAUCACUCAGCGCACACAAGCUCACCAAUUCCUCUUCCCCCACAACCAUCACAACCUUUUCACAUCAUGACAUCCGUUUCUCGACCCGUUUCAACUUCAUCACAACAUCUCUUUCACAAUCACGAUUCAGACAGUCCAUCUUCUCAUCCACUCGACACUCCUUCUCCCGGUGCACCUGAAUCAACAUCAGCAAACCUUCACGGAGCAAGCGCAACGGAUGGAAAGCGAAUGCGUGAAAGACGUGUGAUGCCUUCUCGUCUUCAACGUGUUUCCAGUCUUUUGGCAGGAAGUAUUAUUGAAGAAGAGAUUGCAGGAGCAGCAGCAAAAGAAGAAGCAAAUUCUGGUUUAUCCGGUAACACAGUCGUGAUCUUAACAACAGAAGAAGGCGUUCAAACAGAUCCAUUGCCCAGCAUUCACUAUGGAGAACGAGGAACAACCACCCUGCAAGAUCGUGAAGUGAUUGAAACGCCAGAUUUUCGUACACGAGAUGAAACGGAAGUGAUGGGUAAGACACGUUCUAUGCGUUCAGAAGAAGAUACUUCUGAUGCCGCUUUUGAACGUCGUCAUCGUAAAGCUGAUAAUGCCGAAAAGCGCUUAAGACGUUGGGAGAAGGAAAACCUCCGAAAGGAUAGACAAAAGAUCGUUGAUCGAAUCGAUCGUCUCAAAGCAGCAGAUUCGCGAAUUUUGGCACCCAUCUUGUCUGCGCGUGAGGAUAGACAACGUUUAGCAUCCGGUACAAAUGCAGAAAAGAGCAACGGGGAUGCUGACUCGGUAGUUGACGCAGAAUCAAGUGAAUAUCAAAACAAGCUAGAACAUUUGCGAGAAGAAUUGAUUGAGGAACAUCGUGUUUUACUUCAACGUUACGACGCCUUAUUGACCGUUCCAACGGAAGAGGUCCCAUCAGAAAAAGUGAUUGGUAAGAGGAAAAAGAUUCACGAUGACGAUGGACAUUAUUCCGCAGCUGAGGAAGCUGAUGCCAUGGACAAACCUUCAGCAAAGAGAUCGAUAAGCGUGUCUGGUGCAUAUGGCAGGAAAACAAAUGCUCAUGGUGAUUCUCACUCUGGCGCGAGUAAUGCAUCUAUCAAACCAAGCAAUCUCAGAGCUUCAUCUUCUACCAGCUCUUUACCAGAUGCUACUGGCAAAAAGCCAAACACCAAAUACCUUUCUCGUGAUUCUAAGGCUAAAAAGGAAGAACGCAUCCCAAAACCAUUUACAGAAUCAGAUGGUAAAGUUCGUGCUGAGCACACAUAUGCAAACAUUCAUGCCCGUACUUCUGGUGGUCGUUUUGCACCAAAAAACGCUUUGGGUGCCGGUACAGGCGGUGGUCCUGUUGGCUCAACGUCCAAGAUUAACAGUAAAAUGGGACGUGUGAAAACUGGACAGCAAGCCAGAAAACCGAGUACAUCAAGAAAAGCAUCAACUGCUGCAAAGAAAGAGCCAAAAGAAGCCAACGCAGAUACAUCGAUCGCCACUUCGGCAAAUUCUACACCUUCUCGUUCUAGCAGACCUCGAGGUAGACCACCAAAAUCACCAGUUUUGGUAUCAGAAGGCAUCACUGGUGCUGGUGCAAGUGAAACAAAUUCUCCUGCUGAUACCAGCCGUACACGCAAGGUCAAAUUGAUCCUUCGUAAAGGUGGCUCGAAUGAUGCAAACACGACUAGCAGUACUUCUUCUACGCCUCAACGUCGUGGUGCAGGCUCUAACAUCAAACAAGAGAGCAGCACGAUUGACGCAGACGGAGAUGAAAUCAUGGAAUCUGAUGGCGAGAUGGAUUCAAUCUUCCCAACUGCUAGCACGCCAGCACGGGCUGCAUUGACGAUUGAAGAAGCACAAGCUUUACUUGCAAAAGCCAUGGCAGAUGGUGACGAGGAUGAUGAUCAAGACGAAAAGGAUGCAGCUGAUGCAGCAGCAAGCAUUUCCAAGUAAAGAAUCUGCAUCAAAAAAGAGUAUAAGUAUGAUUAUAUCUUUAUUAUAUAUAUAUUUAUCUUAUCUAUUUCAGACUUUUGUUCAUUUUUGUAUGACAUUGGAACCUUUCAAAAGUAGACAUCUAUUCAAAGAG